AUCAAUCUUUUGUAAGUAUUAAUUAAGAAUAAUUUAAAUUAAAUUUAAUCAAAAAUUAAGCAUUAAAUUGUGUAAAAAUAAAAUAGAAAUUUAGCAAUUGUAUAUCGAAGAGGAGAAAUUAGAAUCACACCUCGAUGCCAAAAAUAAUUCCACAAACAAAUCUCCCAUUCCGAUUUAAGCCAGCACAUGUCCAGGUCAUCUUUUUUUCUAAAUGCCCAUAAUCCCACAAAUUGUCAAAUUCAAAUCGAAACCGUUGAAUUCAUCCAUCAUUACUCCAAAUCGAAUGAUUGUGAAUCAUCCACGAAGCUCUCUGACAAGCCUUUGAUUAAAGCACAUUAAUGUAUGGCUAUAUUAUCUCCACGAUUGUUGAUUGUUGACCGCUCAUGUACAACACCAUCUCACGGCUCUCUUUCUCUCUCUCUCUCCUCCUUUCAUCUUUCUUAAUUCUUACAUGAACAUCCCGCCGUUUUUUCUCUCCCAAAAAUCUUGGAAUUAGGGAGAAAUAUAAUUACUGGAAAUUAUUUUAUAGCUAAGGGUGGAUUUUUAUUAUUUUAUUAAUAUAAAUUAUUGAUAAAUAAAAAUGCAAGAACAAGCUACUACAAGUGCUACUUCUGCUGCUGCAAAUUCUUUGCCUUCUAGUAGCGAGAGAUCUUCUGGUUCUGCUCUUCAACUUGAAGUUAAAGAAGGCCUGGAAAGUGAUGAUGAAAUCCGUAGAGUACCAGAGAUGGGAGGUGAGCCGGGUGCAACAUCAGCUUCUGGCCGGGACACCGGUUCAGUAGCCGGUCCAGACCAGGUUCAAGCAUCUGGUCAAGGCCAAAGAAAGAGAGGUAGAAGCCCAGCUGACAAAGAAAGCAAACGCUUGAAAAGGUUGUUGAGGAAUAGAGUUUCAGCACAACAAGCAAGGGAAAGAAAGAAGGCUUAUUUGAAUGAUUUGGAAACUCGAGUUAAAGACUUGGAGAAGAGAAACUCUGAGUUGGAUGAAAGACUCUCUACUUUGCAAAAUGAGAAUCAGAUGCUUAGACAUAUAUUGAAGAACACAACUGCAGGUCGAAGAGGAGGUGGUUCUAACGCAGAUGCAUCCUUAUAACAUUGCAAAACAGUGCGAUCCUCACAUUGAAAUCGCCUUUUAUGCUUGCCUUAAGAUUUCGGAUAGCUUUUCUGCACAAAAUUACUUCUUUGUCUCAUUUAGAUUGCUUUCAAUUCCUCUUCCAUGUAGGAAUUUUUACUGAAAAUAUAGCAAAAUAAGUGGGAUAGACGAGUAUUUGAAAGAUAUUAGGCUAAGUUGGGUUAACGAAAAAGCUAUUACCUUGGUUGUGACAUUUAUGCAAUUAUUCCAUGAAUUGCGUUUCCUGAGCUUGCAGGCUAACUCGUAAAUUUUUAACAGAGAUAGGAGAGGAUUUGAUCGUAUUGUAAUGUAGAUGGUAUUGAGUAUUGACUACAGAACACCUCUUUGAUAGCCUUGCUUAUAACCAUGCAAACAAGGCUGAUUUUGAGAUUUUAAGGGCCAAGGCGAACUAUAAAUUAUAUGUUCUAAUGAUAUAUUUCUUCCAUUUCA